UUGAUGCACAAUGUCUUUCCAUCGUAUCUUCGUCGAACACAGAAAUUGUGAGUUUGCAAAAUCCUCGAUUCCUUUCUUGGGCCAUGUCAUCGAACACAAUCAGCUUCCCAUGGAUCCCUCUAAACUCAAAGCCGUUCGAGACUGGAAACCACCAACGUCCAUGAAAGACGUACAAGCCUUCCUUGGCCUUGCCAACUACUAUCACAAAUUCACCCGACACUUUGCUGCUAUCACAUUCCCCCUAUCCGAUCUCCUCCGCAAGAAUGAAGGACUCAAUUGGGAUAAUGACCAGCAAAUAGCUUUUGAUGCUAUCAAGUGUGCACUAACCUCUUCCUCUACCCUAGCCCUACUCAAUCCCUCCCUUAGUUAUGUGAUCUGGACAGAUGCCUCUCAGGUUGGAACGGGUGCAAUCCUUUGCCAGGAUCAAGGACAUGGCCUCCAGCCUUAUGCUGUAGAAUCUCGGAAGCUCGAGACUGCUGAGUGCAACUAUGCUAUUCAUGAUCGUGAGGCACUGGCCAUCGUCCAUGCAAUCAAGAAGUGGCAUUGCUAUGCCCAUAUGCAACCCGUCACUGUUCUUACUGACCACUGCACCCUGCAAUACCUGAAGACACAACCCCAAAGCAGGCCCGAUGGAUGGAGUACCUAGAGCA